AUGUUCUCCCGAAUUUACAGAUCUGCGAGAGCCUUAUUAAUCGAUACUCCGCAGAACCCAGCCUUCGAGACCACGCCGAAGCGCCGCACACCCAAAACGAUGGUUACAUCCCGCUCGCAGACUCGUAAAGUCGAGAAGGUACUCACCGACGAUAACACGAUAAAUGUUCAUAUUUCUUCGACCAGUAAGAAGCGCUCGCAGCGAGCGCCGGCUGGAGAUGUUAACAUGGAGGAUGAGGGUACGCCGAGUGCGAAGAAACGGAAGAUCUUGCCGGUGAGGGAGAAGGUUAAGCCCGCAGUUUCGAUGUCGAGACUAUUGGUGGAAAUUCCUGCGAGGAAGGCUACUCCGAAGCUGGAGGACAACGCAGGAACCCCAGCGAAGCCUAUUGAAAUUGAGGAUGACUCUGAGGAUGUUUCCGCAGAUGAGGUGGACAUAGUAGAGAAGAAUGUGGGUAAAGAGCCUGCCAAAGAGGAGGUCAAAAUCGAUACGCAGAAGACCCACAAGCGAUUCGAUAGCGAGGAGCCAGGGCCAGAGCUCUUUUCCACGGCAAGAGAGAUACCAGAAGAGAUCGCGGACAGCGAGGAGGAAGAAGACAGCGAGGACGAUGCGCCCGAGGCAAUUGGUAUACAGCAGGCAGCUGAAGAGGUCAAAUCCAAGGAGAGAAGUACAGCAAAAGCUGUUAAAGAGCAAAUAUCCGCAACGCGCAAAAAGCGCAAGGAACGCGACGAGAUUCUGAAAAAGCAGUCAGAAACGGGCAAAAAGCGCAAGCUAGAAACUGCUCUCAAGCCAGUACCCCAUUCGGACAGCGAAAUUCCCGAUCAAGAACAACCUAUGGAACCCCCACCAGCCUUCGACCAGCCGCGCCUCACAAGCCGCUCUACCCUCCCUGAGUUUCUCCCAGCCGAAUACCUAGAAGAUAGUGAACCCCAAGACCUCAUGAUCUCCACCGAGAAGGCCGACCGCCCGAAGCCUAAGAAGACGAAGUUCCUGGAGGCAAAGGCACCGAAGGAUAAGCGUGUGGGUCGUACGACGUAUCGUGUUGCCAAAUCAGGAGAAAUGAGUCUAGCGCCGAAGGUAGACUUCCAAGCAAAGUCAGUAAAGGAGAAAUGGCUGCAGGGGCGGUCGGGGAGAAAGGCGGAGCCGAGCAGGAGGCCUUUUGGGAAGGCUUUUGGCAGACGAUGA